UCGCUGUCGGAUGAGGGAAGAUUGAGGUGUUUGUGUGAGGCGAAUACAACGAUACAAAAAUAUUGCUUAAUUUUUUAACAACUAGAUAUUUAAGCAUUAUUAAAGUGUGAAAAUGUGUUAAAUGGCAUUCCACAAGGCAAAGAAAAAGAGAUUUACUUCAAUUUUAAGCUGUAAGACACCGUGUGAAGAGGACCAAUAAUCAGCUACUGUCACAACACAUUCAGCUCCUCUACUGUUGUAAUGAUGGAGUGUGUUAAAGAAGAGACUGAUCCUGAAUCAUUCACAAUAACACCUCAACAUACUGAACAACAAACAGGCCUGACGGGAGUGAAAGAGGAAGAUCAACGACAAAAUGAAAUGGAGGAUCAGCAACACAAUUUCAUUAGUGAAGAAAAAUCAUUUGGUUGCUCACAAACUGUUGAGAAUUCACCUGAAGAAAGAGAAGAAGCCAAAAUCUCAAAGAGUAUUUCACAGAAGACACAAACUGGAGAAAUGCCCUACACCUGCCCUCAGUGUGAAAAAUGUUUUAAACAAAAAGGAAAUCUUAAGAUUCACCUAAUGUCUCACACUGCAGAAAGGCCAUACAGCUGCCCUCAAUGUGAAAAGGCUUACAAACAUAAAAGACACCUUAAGGAACAUCUGGUCAGUCACGGGGAUGAGAGACCCUUUGAAUGCCCUCAGUGUGGUAAAUGUUUUAAACGACAAGGAGCUCUUAAAGCUCACAUAAAGUCUCACACUGGAGAACGGCCACACAGCUGCCCUCACUGUGGAAAGACUUACAGACAUAAAUCCCACCUUAACAAACAUCUAGUCAGUCACAGAGAUGAGGAACCCUUAACAUGCCCUCAGUGCGAUAAGAGUUUUUUACAAAAACAAUAUCUUGAUGAUCACAUAAAGACUCACACCGAAGAAAAGACACACACCUGUCCUACGUGUGAACAGAGUUACACAUGUAUAGAGUCCCUGAUAGAACAUCAAAUAAGUCACACUGUCCAAAUGCCUUUCUCUUGCCCUCAAUGCCAAAAGACUUUUAGACAUAAUAAAACCUUUAAAAAUCACAUGAAGAGUCACAGUGGUGAUGAGUCGAACACUUGUCCUCAUUGCGGGAAGAAUUGUGCAUCAAAAUCAAGUCUAGAGAAUCACAUACGAGUUCACACUGGAGAGAAACCUUUCACGUGCCCACAGUGUGACAAGAGUUUUGCACAACGAGGACAACUUAAGUAUCACAUACAAAUUCAUACAGGUGAGAAGCCUUUCUUAUGCCAUCUGUGUGAUAGUAGUUUUGCAAGGUUACGAAAUCUCAAAUAUCAUCUGCUGUUUCACUCCAACGAAAAGCCGUUCAGUUGCGAUCAAUGCUGUGAAAAGUUUGUUUCGAUAGGACUGCUGAGGAGACACCAGAAGACACAUAGCCGGAGACCUGGAGCGGGACCGAAUUCUGGAGAUGAACCCUAAACGUGCUCACAUAGAAAGCGCUGUCCGCAAGGAGUGAAUGGGCAAUUUUAGGCAUCAGGUCCAAGCACAUGAUAUGAAGUCCAGGGAAUUAUUACCAAAAGAUUUAUUUCAGUGCAUUACUUGAAUUGUAAAAGUUUGUGAUCGUUCAUAAAAAUGUGUUUUAGAAAUGCAUGUUUUAUGUUAAUGGGUCAUCAGCUGAAAUAUCUAAUGGGUAUUAAUUUAUCUGUAAAUAAAAUAUAAAAAUGUAAAUUGAACUUGCAGAUAGUAGUUUUCAUUUUUAUGCACAUGUUUAUUUGACCAAAACUAAUUUAUUUUGUGUAAACCUUACAUGAUAGUUUAUGCUUUAUGCUUUUUACGAUUUUAAACAAGCUUAA